CUCGCGACUACGCAUGCGUUAACUUUCUAAAUCCAAGAUGGACGCCAACUUGAAUCAGCUGAAGUUACAGAUCAAUAAGAGUCUUGGUGAUGCGUCUGUAGUGGUAAAGGCAUCUUGUGGGGUGGUUUGUGUCCUAUAUGUACUAACGUUUAUUCCCCCAGUUUGGCCUGCAUUAGCAGUUUGCCCAGGGUUCUUAAUACCACCCAACUUCAGAAUAUGGUCAUUGAUUACAGGAGGUUUCCUAGAAUAUAGAAUAUGGAAUGUUGUUAUUGAUAUUAUUAUUUUAGUCUUGUGUGGUAAAGUUAUUGAACCACUUUGGGGAGCUUUGGAGUUUUUAAAAUUUGUUCUUAUUCUUGAUGUUGGGACAUCACUUGCUACAUCAGCUCUCUGUCUUUUUAUUUAUAUGGCUACAUUUACUACUGAUAUAUGGUUUCUCCAGUUUAGUGGGAUGACAGGAAUCAUUUCUGGUAUGUUAGUUGCCUUUAAACAAAUCAGUCCAGACCAAGAACUUUAUAAAGGGAUGCUGAAUCUUAGAAUCAAGCAACUCCCUUCACUAGUGAUAAUCCUAUACACUGUACUGUGUCUUGUUGGCAUUGUACCAAUCAUCCAGCUGCCUCAGAUGGUUUCAGGGAUUCUCUUUGCAUGGGUUUAUCUAAGAUUCUACCAACCUAGAGCUAGAGGAGCCAGAGGAGAUCUUAGUGAAGAGUUCUCUUGCGCAUCAUUCUUCCCACAUCAAUUACAAUCUCCUGUCCGUUUGGUGUCAAAUGUGGUUUUUAACUUUAUGGUCAAAAUUGGUGCAUGUAGCAAACCUGUAAGAACAUAUGAUGUUGGUGCUCCAUCAGCCAUUACUAUUAGCCUUCCUGGUAUGGAUCCUGCUGAUGCAGAAAGAAGAAGGCAACGAGCUUUAAAAGCAUUAAAUGAACGACUACAAAAACUUGAUCAGGCUCAAAGCAGCUGGCCAUCACUAGAUGACCAACAAGACACUGAAGAUCCAACUGAUUUAACAAUGGAAGAAGUACCAACUGUAAUAAUCGACAACAACGCUCAAGCUCUUAAUCCUGAAGGACAAAGCAGUAAAGCCACGAUCCCAACUUAGCUUUUUAAGUUAAUAUUACUACCGGUCGGUUUAUGAUGGCCAUUCUCUCAGCCAGUCAUGAAAUCAGGGCAUUUUUACAGCUGGGACCAAGAAAAAUCAUCUGUUCACAACUGCGGAGAUUCAAUAUACUCAAAACGCCGUCAUUGCUAGUGAAGUGCAAGUAGUGGGCUAGCGCAAUGGUGUAAUAGGCUAUUGCCCUUGUUAAAGAUUGCAUUCUACAUGUAAAUGCAACUGUAUUAAGAUGAAGUAACUUUGAAGAAAGAUAAACAUUUGUGUAGGUCAAUUUCAAGAGAACGUUGGUGAUAGAUAAGGGUUUUCUAUAUAAAUAUUUUAAUUUGAAUAGAGAAAAUCAUAUGCAGUCAGUCCAUAAGUUUGUGCAGUUGUAAAGAUGAUACAGUAUAUAUUAAUUCAGUGGCAGAGGGAGAGGGGCAUUGGGUCGGUGCAUGGGCACCCCCUAGUACCCCAACACAUGCACACUGCCCGGUGCCUCUAGUGCACAUCCAGGGUUUUUUAUAUAUUAUGACAUCAUACAUUAAUGACGCAUCCCUUGGGAAACACUCUGGACAAUGUUGUUGUCAUCCUUGUCUCUAUAUCUGCACAAUGUUGAUUGCAUUGGCUGUAUGUGAUGAAACCAAUGUAAUGCAUACAAAGUUUAAAAUAAGGUUGUCAUUAUUAACACCCAUUUUGUACAACAAACUAUAAUGGGUGUUCAGUCCACGCAGGUUUUGACUGCUAAGGAAGUUCUCCCUGGGAAACCGUUGUUGCUUUUUCUUUACAAGAAUGCAAGUAGUUGUAGAGAGUUUUUCGGGUGCUUUAAAAAGUGAGAGGGCUACAGCUGUUAUGAUGCUUUAUUGUGCUAAAUAAUUAUCAAUAAUUUGAUAUGUACAUGCAAUAUGAUAUGGUCCCAAAUAAAUCCUAUAUAAAGUAUAAAAAUA